UUAUCGAAGCAUCGGAAGAGGUUGACCAGAAAUUUAUCGUCUGACCAGCUACGUAUGUUUGCAACUGAUCUUUCAGUAAUACUUCUUGAGUGUUAUUGGGAAAGAAAUUGCUGGAGGGACAUCAAGCAGCAAUUCAGUGAUCUUGUAGAGAGUCUUGCUUCAUAUUCUGACUAUUUAAUUGAUAAAAAUAAAAAGAUCAAAGCUAAUCAUAGGUCUCCGACUCCUGUGAGAGAUCUACCAGAACAUAUGCAUAUGAAAUUGAUUGAACCAACGGAAGAAGUCGCUACUUCACUUCAGCCUAUUGAUGAGUUACUUAAGAGCCUUGCAGUUUAUCAGUAUUUAUCGAUUACUCAUCUCUUGCCUCUGAACUCAUUAAGAAAGAAUCGAUUUUUAAACUUUAUGAUUUCAUCUGGCUUGUCUUCACUGUCCAUGCUUCUUAUCUAUAACCCUGGUGGAGGCAUCUGUAAUUUACAGUUUCUGUGGCGACUUCCUCAAGAAUCAGGUAUUGAUCGAAAUGUUUAUUUUGAGCGUAGUCAAUCUGUAGUCGAAAGAAUUAAACCAGAACUGCCUGUUUUUCACUCAAGAGCCAUGAGAAGAGCUAUGUACGACAAGUUUGGUCGGAUUUCUCCCAAUGUAAAGCCUCAUAUAUUGCGAUACUUUUAUAAAGAAUUGACUGGUGAUGACUCUGCCUCUUCCACUACUGAGGAAGCAGAACUAGACAAGAGAAUCCAAGAGCUAGUUGACAUGGAGGAUCCUGAUAUUCUAACAGACCUUCGUUGCCAUAAUGGGAAUAAAGAGAGUCAAUUUAAUGUUUUUUGGGAUUACUGUGAACGGUUUCUUAAUGAAAAUGUGUCGGUUGCAGUUGAUGAUCGUCGUCAUGGACAGAUUACCCACCUUGCUAGAGCUAUUUCUCUUCGGGAUUUUCGUGAUCAAGUAAAAUCUCUUUGUCCAGAGAACACCCCCAUACCAUCAUUGGAGUGGUUGCGCUUACAGUUUUGGCCCAAGACUGCAGCAGCUAGAAGCUCACUUCAUUAUACUGGCAAAUUUAAAGUAAAGUUCAUGGUACAGCAGCGUCAGUGGAGACACGAUCAUCCUGAUCAACACUAUGCUGCAGCAUGCUACAGGUAUAUGAGAGAAUACUCUAUAACUCUGCGGGAUAUUUGUGCAUUUGUUAGUCUUGACGACAAACAUAAGGUUAAAAUUGGAGAACCUAAUUACCCAGUAGCAGCUGCUGAGCGAGGAAAAAGAGUAAUUGUUAGAAGUGAUGAAGUGCUAAGUGUUGGCGACCAUGAUUUUACCAAGUUUUCGUUGGUGCCAUCUGUUAUUUUCAUUUUGAAUAUUCCUGAGCAGAUAUCAGAUUCGUGGUAUUCAGGCUCCGUAUAUGUUGGUGUAAAAGACUUAAUAUUUGAGCCUUCUUCACCUUUCAGGCACCAUACCGAGUUGUUUUCUGUAUUGAAGCAAAUAUCAUUUGAUAAACCAGUUUUGUUCGUGUAUUCUGAUGGAGGUCCAGAUCAUCGUCUAACUUACUUAUCUGUACAGCUGUCUCUCAUUGCUCUCUUUUUAAAUCUGGAUCUAGACUACCUUUGCGUAGGGCGCACUGCCCCUUAUCACUCGUGGCGCAACCCCGUUGAGAGAAUUAUGUCCAUAAUCAAUUUGGGACUACAAUGUGUAGGAUUGGCAAGGUCUAAAAUGUCAGAUGAAUUUGAAAAGGAAGUGUCUAAAUGUAGUAGUCUGACUGAUUUAAGACAGCGUUUAUUUGAGAGGAAGGAAGAUGUCAAGCAAUCUUUGUCACCUGUCAAAAGUACUCUACAUUCAUUAUUUACACGUUUAAUGCUUCAUGACGAAGCUUUUCAAGUUUAUGAGUCAGCAUCUGAGAGAGAAAUAAGUGAAUUCUGGACUUGUCUUUUUGCAUUGGAUUCUACAAUAGAGGAAGGAUCCAUAUUUCGGAAGGAGACCAUUAACCAACAUCCAAGUAUAUGUGAUUUCCUGAGGCACUGCUGUCAAGCUAGCCAUUAUACCUUCGAUAUUCUCAAAUGUGGAAACUUGGAAUGUACUAUUUGUAAGCCACCACGUUUGCCACGAGCAACUUUUAAUGAUUUAAAGCAUAUUCCUCACCCUACUCCAAUGGAUGAUGACCACUAUUAUCCAUUCUCUGAGGCAUUUAAUAUGGUCACUACUGAAGAACAUCGUCCUACUUUUAAAAGUCUAAAGCAAAUAAAGAAGAAACAUAAGCUUCAUUUUUAUGCAACCAUACAGCAUGUUAAGAAUGCAAAUUUAAUGGUACAGUGUAGUGAAUGCAAUAUGUGGAGACUAGUAUUUUCUCGCUAUAAGAUGUCUUCUGCUGAUCGUGCAAAUUUAGAGUUAAUCCUCAAUGAGAAUGAUUAUUCCUGUGGUGCUGCAUUGAGUGACCUAGAGUUACCUGAAGUAUAUAAGAAUGUCGAAAUACGAGACCAUGAUUGCAAUGACCCAAUAGAACGGUUGUAUUACUCAGCAAAGAACACUCCUAUUUGUGUUUAUUGUGCCACAGAACAACCGUUUACAAAGGAAAAUGAGUAUCCAAUGUGUGAUAAUUGUAGUCAUAAGCCAGCUAUACUUGUAAAGGCAGGACGUUAAUUUUUUGUGAAAUAGUUUGUCAAAUUAUUAUUGUAUUCUUUUCAUGCUUUUGUCCUCCUCUUCUAGUUUUUUCAUCUCUUUUUUUCCUUAUUACUAUUGCUUAUAAUGGCAAAUUAUUGAUCUUUUUGUUUAAACUGUUUUGUAAUGAUCAAACAAUGAGAAAAGAAUAUAUUUGAACAAUAAUCAAAAAUUAA